UCAAUGUAUCUUUUAUUUUAUAUUGGUCCUUUGAAUUUUAUGUCAUUUAAGCGCCAAAAAGUGUGGGAGAAGACACGCCCCCCAAAGUACUCUCUUCUGAAGAAUGGCACCUAGUCUAACCUCGACUUUAAGACGCUUUGGGUGCUUUGUACCUAAUAAAGGACCAAAAUCAUGGAAGGUUUUUGAGCAAGAACCCAGUGGACCUCCAAUUAUCAUGACCAUGUUUGAAUCUGGUCAUCUGCUGGUGCUGCGAGGGCAAGAGACCUUGGGUACAAUCUCUUUGAAUGAGGGCUCAAAUUCUCUUAAGGUGCAGCACAAAAAUGAUACCCUGAUGUUUCGAUUUACAGUGAAGGGGGAGAACUGCAUGAUGAGGAUGCAGUUUGCUGGGAGCAGCACAGCAGAGGCCCUAAAUCAGUCUUCACGGGCUAUGGAAAAGUUGAUGGAGUAUGUUCCUGUCACCGCUGUGGAAGUUUCUGCUACACAUCCAAAUCAGCCCCCCACUGAGGACCCACCAGCUGCACAGCAGUCACGUCAAGAAGAAACUGGGCAGGGAAAGGCUGGAGCUGCCCAAGGUGCUGUGUCCAUCAGGCGUCUAACCCAGCACUUCAUGGGAGAAGCUCCUCUGGCUCUCCCCAACAUAUAUAGGCACAAUUCAUCUGCAUUAGGUGAUAUGGAGGCCUUCCUGCGUGUGUGUCUGCUGGAUCCCAGCUUCCCUGCGUUUGUAGAGAAGGUGCAGGAGGAACUGGAAAAACUGCUGGAAGACUGAGAAAUAUCUUACCACCAGCUGAUGGCAGGAAGUUAAAGCAAGUUCCAAUGUUUGAUGUUCUAAACUUUUUCUAGUUAGUCCGUGUCGUCAGUUCGAUCCUCUUGACCGUUCUACUUGUGAAAUUAAAAUAUAAUUCCAAAGCUAUCAUUCCAAGUUUAUGUUUUUUAGCACAGAUAAUACAUUUCCCUUUGGGUUUUUCGAAAUUAAAAUAGAAGACAGUUUUUGUUUUAUAUUGUUUUUAUUAAGAAAAAAAAUAUUGGUCACUCAUAUGUUUGAUCGUGGCUAUAUGCUCUGGUCCCUCAGUUCACAUCCCAUAAUCCAGGUCCUUUUCCACCGCAACACACAUGGAUACAUCGUAUUGAAAGAGGAGUCAUGCAGCUACAGCAGUGAAUCUAUGCCAGCUUUCAAGUGAUCCCACAAGAUUAAAGCUUCACUGAGUAAAACAAACUGCCCUCCAUAUAUCUAUUUAAGAAUACAUAUUGCAUAGGAUUAUAGCCAUGCUAUACAGUUAAAGAGAGAAAAAAAAAUAGAAAGUAAAAAUCAAUGAGUUGAAAUUGGGAAUUAUAAAAAAAAUAUCUUUUUUUACAGAUUUCCUAUCAUUUGAACACUCAUACUUCAACAUAUACAAGACACCUAAGUUACUCUGGAAAGAAAAUAGAAAUAAUACAUAUAUCCUUUUUGUUAAGAUAGUUAAACACACAGUAGUCAUUUUCUGUAAGCACUCUCAAUUAAAUUUAAAUACUGCCUGACGUUGAAGCCCUUGCUUCACAAUAAAAGUUCUGUUAAAAGUAGACUUCUUUUCACAAAUCAUAUAAUUUAAUGACAAUGAUAUGCUGUACAAAUCUCAAUAAAAACAUAUAUAUA